CCGGCCCCGCCCAGUGACGUCUUUGCCUCGCGCCGCGCCGCGCCGCCCCGCCCAUCUCCCUGGCCGCCUCGGGUCCCGGCUGCGCUUCUCUCCAGACCCUCGCUCGCCGCCGCCGCCAAAAUGUCUACAGGUCCAGCUGCUGCCACUGGCAGUAAUCGAAGACUUCAGCAGACACAAAAUCAAGUAGAUGAGGUGGUGGACAUAAUGCGAGUUAACGUGGACAAGGUUCUGGAAAGAGACCAGAAGCUCUCCGAGUUAGACGACCGUGCAGACGCACUGCAGGCAGGUGCUUCUCAAUUUGAAACAAGCGCAGCCAAGUUGAAGAGAAAAUACUGGUGGAAGAAUUGCAAGAUGUGGGCAAUAGGGAUUACUGUUCUGGUUAUCUUCAUCAUCAUCAUCAUCGUGUGGGUUGUCUCUUCAUGAAGAACCAGUGGAACUCAAACCUGCUGUUCAAGAAACCUCUUCAAGACUUUUGACUUAGAACCUGCUAUAUUAUCAAGCUUACCUACUACUAUCUCUAAAGUGAUUAUUUUGUGUUAAUGUAAAGUUGAAUUUCUAGGAAACGUGCCUUUGUUUUUUAAUAAUAUGCACUCCAAAUUAGAAGUAAGGCCGGCCCCAUCCACAUUUUGCACAGUGUCUUUACCGACUUACAUAUGGGCUGAUGAAGAGGCCUUCCGAAGUUCCGGAGUGCUAUCAUCUAGAUGUCAUGUUGUCACUAAUUAAUUGCCAUUGCUCCCAGUUACUUACCCUUGUCAUUCAGCAUUAUUUUUAGAACCACAUUUUAAACCUUUGGGUAAUCGAUAUCCAACUUGUGCCUUCCAGAAAAAAACACUACUGCCUAACACAAAUCUGUGAUAAAAACAGUCUAUGCCUUAUUUUGAUAAGUUUCUGAUUCCCUGUAAGAGAAUCCUCUGCUUUUACUGACUCUCACUGUAUUUAAGAUAAGAUGCUGGUGAAGAGCUUUUGCUCUUGCAUUCGAUUUGAAGAUAUUUACGUUCUUGUUAUGUAUCACUUGCUAAAAAUACUGUUUUAAUCAGAAAUAACCUCUUUAAAAAUUUUUAUAGAACUAUGGCUAUGACCAAAGUUUCUAUUUUACCAAAAAGUUAAAUACCGAUAAAAUGGCCUUGUCUGUUCCUGACAGUUUAAUUCAGAAAUGUGCCAAAUGGAACUCAAGGUGCCCCUUCAGAAUUAAAAUCGUAACCUUGUGUGUGAACCUUCCACAUCUUGACAGGCUUUUCUUCCUUUUGAAAUGCUGUAGACAGUGCAGCUUCCCUUCUGAUUCAGUAUUU